AAAUGCCGCCUGGCACGGUUCUCAUAAUUCCAUAUCAAUAUCACAUAAUACGUUUCUAAACUUCAGGACGUAUCAUAUCAUAUAAUUAUUAUUUAUUGAUUUCCAGACUACUGAACUGCCUGGUAGGGUCGGCAUAAAGAAAUACCAUCCUGAUCAUUCUUAUCAUGACAUUUACUGAUGCCCUGCUUCCCGUCCCCCAUUGGGGACUGAUAAAAACGAGAGCGGCUGAGACCAGAUGGCAAUCCGCAAUCCUCGCUGGGGUCAGACUAGAUGAACCCGGGUCCCUCACCCCUCCGCCCUUCCCCUGCAGGACUCAACAGGAGCUUCACGUUGGAGCUGAGCAACGGUGGCCACGUUGUCCCCCACGUUGUCCCCCUGUGGCAAAGCUCGCCUCGUCCUCUGGUGCCUGGCGCCCCCUGCUGGCCUACACCGGAAGAGUCCACGGCGCUUUCCAGGCAUUCAUCUACGCCCCUAUCAGAUGGAAGGAGUAAACUGGCUGACACACUGCUAUGAAACCUGGCAUGGCUGCAUCCUGGGUGAUGAAAUGGGUCUUGGGAAGACUUGCCAGGCUAUUUCUCUGCUUGUUGUCUUACGUGGGAAGCUUAAUAAAAGGCCGUUUUUGAUCCUUUGCCCUCUGUCUGUGUUAAGCAACUGGAAGCAGGAACUAGAAAGAUUUUCUCCAAGUCUUUCCCUCGUGACGUAUUCAGGAAACAAGGAAGAAAGAACUGAGCUACAGCAGGACUUCAAAUCAAAUCAUGAUUUCCACAUUCUGCUGACUACUUACGAGGUGUGCCUUAGAGACGCAGCAUUUCUGAAACGUUUCAGCUGGGCUUGUCUUGUUGUGGACGAAGCUCACAGACUGAAGAAUCAGGAGUCACUACUUCAUAAAGUACUCUCUGAGUUUACAACGGACUUCAACCUCCUGCUGACGGGCACUCCCAUUCAGAACAGCCUCCAAGAGUUAUAUGCCCUGCUUGCUUUCAUUGAACCAGCUACAUUCCCCAAGGAGCUGGUGGAAGAAUUUGUUCACUAUUAUCAUGGAAUUGAAAGGGAAAGCAAAGUAGCCAAAGAACUUCACAGUCUCUUGCAGCCCUUCUUGCUCAGAAGAGUGAAGGCUGAUGUGGCAGCCGAACUCCCCAAGAAAGAGGAGGUGGUUCUCUACCACGGGAUGUCAGCCUUGCAGAGAAAGUUUUACAAGGCUGUUUUGAUGAAAGACCUAGAUGCAUUUGAAAAUGAAUCGGGGGAAAAAGCAAAGCUCCAGAACGUGUUAGUUCAACUCCGGAAAUGUGUAGCUCAUCCGUAUCUGUUCAAUGGUGUUGAACCAGAACCUUUUAUCAUUGGGGAUCAUCUCAUUGAAGCCAGUGGGAAGCUGAGCUUGUUGGAUAAACUUCUGUCUUUCUUAUAUGCAGGUGGUCAUCGUGUUUUGCUGUUUUCCCAAAUGACACAGAUGCUGGAUAUCCUGCAAGACUAUAUGGAUUACAGAGGUUACAGCUACGAGCGCCUGGAUGGAUCUGUCCGAGGUGAAGAGAGGCACCUUGCCAUUAAGAAUUUUGGCCAGCAGCCCAUUUUUGUCUUCCUCCUGAGCACGAGGGCAGGUGGGGUUGGCAUGAAUCUUACAGAAGCAGACACAGUUGUUUUUGUUGACAGUGACUUUAACCCACAAAAUGACCUACAAGCCGCAGCAAGAGCCCACAGAAUCGGCCAGAACAAGCCUGUAAAAAUUAUUCGUUUGAUUGGGAGAGAUACUGUGGAAGAAAUAAUCUACCGGCGAGCAGCAUCAAAGCUCCAGCUAACCAGCACCAUUAUCGAAGGGGGCCAGUUUGCGCUCGGAGCGCAGAAAUCACAGGUGGAAGCAGAUAUCCAGCUGAGCGAAGUCCUGAAAUUUGGCUUGGACAAACUGUUGUCGUCGGGUGGAAGCACCAUCUGUGAUGUGGACCUGGGAAGUAUCCUUGGGGAGACAAGAGAAGGAUUAUGGCUGAUGGAAACUGUCCUGUCUACCACAGAAGGAAAUGUAGAAAAUGAAGAGCAAAAUGCAGAAAGCCACAUGUACCUAUAUGAAGGCAAAGACUACUCAAAGGAACCUAGCCACGAAGACCAGAAGGCCUUUGAUCUUCUGCUGGGUCUUCAGAAAUGUCUUCUUGAAGAUGGAGGUCAGGAAGGAAGAGCUCUCCGAAAUAAAGCAAAUGUUCUUGUCACGGGCAUUCAGCCGGGACCCAGCAAGAAGCGGCGUAAAUUGAGCCCAGAAGAACUGGCGGCUCGGCAGAGGAAGCGGCAGGAGGCAGCAGCAGAGAGGGCCAGGCUCAGGGAAGAGAAGAAGCAGAAGAAGGCAGAAGCUGAGCAGCAGAAGAAGAUGGCCUGGUGGGAAGCAAAUCACUACAGGUCUUACAGCCUGGAGUCAGAAGAGAGCAGCGAAGAGGAGAUGGAGAGAGAUUUAGAAAGUGGGAUGGGUGCGGAUUUGGAGUACACAGACCCUGACCUGAGCUCCAUCAAGUAUGUUAUAGGUGAUGUUACCCACCCCUCUGCAGGAGAAGAGGAUGCCAUCAUUGUGCAUUGUGUAGAUGACUCGGGCCGUUGGGGAAGAGGAGGCUUGUUCACAGCUCUGGGGAAUCGCUCUGACCAGCCAAGGAAAAUAUAUGAGCUGGCAGGAAAGAUGAAAGACUUGACAUUGGGAGGAACUCUUUUAUUCCCCAUCGAUGAUAAGGAAUCCAGAAACAAAGGACAUGACUUGCUGGCCCUUAUUGUAGCACAGCACCGAGACCGUUCAAACAACUUGUCUGGAAUUAAUCUCCCUGCUUUGGAAAGGGGAUUAAAGAAAAUUUAUCUUGCGGCCAAGGAUAGAGAUGCAAGUGUCCACCUGCCCCGCAUUGGAUACUCAACCAAAGGUUUUAAUUGGUAUGGGACAGAGCGUCUUAUCCGGAAGUACUUGACAACAAAAGGCAUCCCCACAUUUGUAUACUACUUUCCUAGAAACAAGGCAUCAUCUUCACAAGCAUCCACAACAUCAGCAUCAUCGCUGCAACCAUAAAGGUGUUAAAAAAUCAAUUAGAAAUAACCACUCACAGUUCACAGUGCUGCUUCCUGCUCUUUCUGCAGCCAGUCAAGAUUCAUGUUGACUUUCUUUAUCAUUGUUUAUUUAAGCAGGCACACAAGAAGCAUGUUUAGAAAUCUCUCUCUAUAUAUCAGUGAUGUGCACCAGAAAUUUAGACAGAGUUCCAUCAUGCAUCCAAGUUUUUAGAACAGAAGCUGUACUUUUGCACUUCACCACAAACAAGCCUCCUAAAACUGGCUUGAGUAUUUGGGCUUGGAUAAGACUUGUUGCCACUGAGUACAGUUGGAGCCACACAGCAGACAAGAGCAGCACUAUAGCAGUGUGACUUGGGCUUCCAUCUUCCAGUGAAGUACUUUUUUAAAAAACGUUAUUUUUUCAAAACAUUUGAGAACAGCUGUGUUUUUAAAAUAAACCACUUUUGUAAAAUAUGACUGAAUUGCCUAAAUAGUUCAGUUGUCUAAUCUCUAAGUGAAAUAGGUUCUACUACUUGGAAGAACAUGAAGUAAAUGAUCUCAGCCAACAAAUCACACUACAUAUUUGAAAGUGCCUCAGUCGCUCCAGAGGUUUCGUCAUUCUGACAUUCUGAGUUUGGCUUUUGCCCACCAUAGGGGAUGCCAUGGGCCCUGCUGCCCAAGGCCGGAUUGCGCUCGACAGGAUGGGUUUCCCGGUGGGUUGGCUGCAGCUGGGCGAGGCCUGUACAUCAUGGCAGUUGGGGCGCAUCCUGGCGAGGCCCGUACAUCAUGGCAGUUGGGGUGCAUGGAGUUUCCGUAGGAUGCAAGACUGUAGCUGCUCUGCAAUUGUGCACACCUGCAAAUAGUCCUGCCCCUGGCCACACUCCAUCUUUCAGGCCUCCCAGUUUCUCUCAUGAAAUUGGGGAUGGGAGCAAAGGGGAUGGGGCUGCUGGCCUUCAGGGUUUGCCAGAUUGCUGCUUUCUUCACCCCUCCAUUUCUUGUACGUGUCUCCCAAGUCUUCCCAGUUCCUUGGGGCUGUUUUCAGUUCAUGUGAAGGGUCUUAGAGGCUCCUCUGAAAAUUGAUUGAUUGGUUGCCCCUCAUCCAAAAAUUUCAGGACAUAAAAAUACAAAACAAAAAAAAUACAGAAUAAAAACAAGGGGGGGAAUCAAUAACCACCCCCCUCUCCCACAAACACAUUCAAGGCCUCAGUUCACAAGGAACGUUUUUCCUUGGUAUCUAUAGGCAGUAUAAUGAAGGCACCAGAUGAGGCUCACUUGGGAGAAUAAAGCCCCUUUUAUUUAAAAAAAUUCCUCAUUCUUGGUGCCUGUUGGUGGACCCAGAAACAUGGCACCAUUUCCUUCAGCCCUUUUCUUGGAAAUGCAGGCAGGGCACUGCUAGAAAGAGGGAGAGCGGGCAAUGUCUUCCGCUUCGAAUCUGUGUAUGUGUGUUGGG